CCGUGUCGCGACAGCGUUUCCCUCACUCCCUUCUCCCUGUUUCCUUUCGGGGGAGGGACGCCCAUAGUUCCUGAGAGUGGAGUGAAGAUUCGGGGGACUGACACGAAAAGACGCUGUCUCCCCCUUGGCUUCACUUUAUCCUUAAAACGGGGGUUUGGUUUAGCUCUGAAGUCACUUCCAGUUCUGAGUCUGCGAUACCUGGGAACUGAGGGAGGAGGGUGACUGCUGUCACUUUCCGGUUUGUUCACUCACUGUUAGAAGAUACGAUGGGGUAGAAAUCUUUGUUUACUGAUGCACCCCAAGCACCCAGAAUAGUGCCUGGCUCAUAGUAGGCCCCUGAGAGGGAGAACACGGAACUACCACUACCCAAUCUGGUCACCAUUCGCCUAUUACCUCUACUGUUACAAAUACCGGGUCACCCUCCAGGAGAAGAUGCUGCCUUGUUAUAAAAGCAUCAUUUAUAAGAAACAGGAGGACUUGACACUCCGGCCCCGUUGCUGCCUUCAGUGCUCCGAGUCCCCAGUCGGCCUCCAGGGGGGCAGGAGCACCGAGCAGGGUGACCGUGACCAGCUUCAAGAAUUGUAUUCGGCUGGGAACCUGACGGUCCUGGCGACUGCCCCCCUGCUCCAUCAGAACCCGGUGCAGUUAGACUUCCACUUCCGCCUCACCCCCCAGACCUCUGCCCAUUGGCACGGCCUUCUCUGUGACCAUCGACUCUUCCUGGAUAUCCCCCGUCGGGCCUUGGAUCAAGGCAACCGGGACAGUUUGACGGCAACACUGGAGUAUGUGGAAGAAAAGACCAAUGUGGGCUCCGUGUUUGUAAACUUCCAAAACGACCGCAACGACAGAGGUGCCCUGCUACGGGCCUUCAGCUACAUGGGCUUUGAGUUGGUCAGACCAGAUCACCCCGCCCUCCCUCCCUGGGACAAUGUCAUCUUUAUGGUGUAUCCCCUUGAAAGGGACCUGGGCGAUCUGCCCAGUGAGCCUCCUUGAACGUGCUUAUUCCUAUUCUGUGAGGGGCUGGGGGCCUUGAGACAUGGGACCCAAGAACCCAGGAUGUGAUUCAGGACACCUUCCUCCCUGCUAAGAAUAAAGGGCAGUGCAAUCAG